UCCCAACCAAAAGCUUUAAAUACCCAUCACUUCCCUUGGCUAGUACCCACCAACCGGACCUACCCAAACAUUCUAUCUCCUCCAUUUCCUCAGCCUCACAACAUCUCAAAAACUUUCAGUAGUGAAUAUGGCUGCCACUCUCAUCCAACUGACAACCAUCCUUUUUACCCUUACCCUCCCUCUAACAUUACUAGCCUCCCCCUCUCCAAUGACCUCUUUCAUCACCGAGGACGCAGAAGACUAUGAAGAGUACGUAAUUGACACCCCGUUCCUCAACACUGGAUCCUUGAGGGGUCGAUUUUUGGCUAGUGUUGUAAAGAAAGGCACACAUUGUGAGGUUAGUAGCAACAUAUGCAAUGGGGUUUCUGCGAACAAUGGUGCUAGCCGUCUCUUUUGCUGUAAGAGUCAUUGCCGGAAUGUCCUGCGAGAUAGAAACAAUUGUGGGAUGUGCGGGCACAAGUGUCGUUUUGGUCAACUUUGUUGUGGUGGUAAAUGCAUCAAUGUUGGUUUCAAUGAUCUUCAUUGUGGGAAGUGCAACAAAGCAUGUGACUCGGGAGUUAAAUGUGAGAACGGUUCAUGCGGAUAUGCGUCUUGAAUCAACCAAAAGAAUUACUAUGAAGGGGCUAGGAGUCCAUGCAUACAUAUUUAAAUUCAUUGUCUUAUUUUUUAAAUUAUUUUUUUCUUUUGUAAUUUUAACGGGUAUGAUGUUUGUCACGACUCACCCCCUAAUUACUUCAGUGAAUAUAUUGAUUAGUUGAAUUGUUGUAUUGAUUAGGGAAAUAAGAGAAAUGUAUAGCAUUUAUAAAUUUCAAAGUUCUUCCAU